CGCCGCUCCUGCUGCGUGCUGCAUUGUGUAUACGCACCGAAAUGUUUCGAAGCGGGCAAGACCUGUGACCUUCGAAGGAAGGGUGAAAGCACGUCAUGCUGUCCUCAGUGGUCCUACUCGCCAUGAUUGGCUGGAGCAAGUACCUUCUCAUAAACAACGUCACUCUUCCUGAGAUUCCCGAAUGUAACGUCGGGAAAGACGACCGUAUGCAGAUCACCAUAACCGUACCCGCCACUGGUCCCCCACGACAUUUUGCUGUUUACUGGUGGGGACGUCUCGCACGAGACGACGACCGGGCCGUGUUCUUCGACUACGACCCCACGUCGCAGACGGAGCGACCGCUAGAUGUCGUUCGACCCGCACUAUCUCCGAACGUGUUCGUUAGUCGCCUGAAGCUUUCAUCCUUUCAAGACGUGGGCUACACCCCCAAGUGUCUUAUGUGGGCGAAGUACAUCGGUGGCGGAGGCCAGGAAGACUCCCGAACGUGUUUGCAGACACAGCCCAACUGGAUGGAGGUCAACAGGCAACAUCUUUCUGUGCUGCCACUCAACAAACUAUUCAUACCGGGGACGCACAAUUCUGGUAGCAUCGUCACGAACGCGACCCAGAAGGGUAUCGUCUGGAACUACAUCAUGACCCAAGAUCUCUCAAUCCUGCAGCAGCUACUGAUGGGGAUUCGCUACCUCGAUCUGAGGAUUGGUUAUUACACGGGGGACCACCGGGAAAAGUUUUGGGUCGUUCACUCCGUCUUUAAAACAGCGACGACUCUGCGAACAGUCCUCGAACAGGUCCGUGAGUUCAUGGAACGCACGAACGAGGUCGUAGUGUUGGACUUUCAUCGUUUCCCGGUUGGCUUUGAAGACCAUCACGUGCAUUACGCCUUGUGGGACUUCGUACUUCAGGUUGUGGGCCCUGAGAAGAUGACUCCAGCGUACCUCACCGAGCACGUGCAGCUCGGAACGCUGUGGUCAUUGAACAAGAGACUCGUGGUCUGCUACAACAGCAAGGCGAGACCGAGACAUCCCCUGCUGUGGCCUGGCGUCCUGCACCGGUGGGCCGACGCCAGAACAGGAACAGAGCUUUACCACUUUCUCGAGGGAACUCUGUCCGAACCCAUUGAGCGUUUGUGGGCUGCCACAGCAGCCCUCACGCCCACUUACAAAAGUGCUUUGCUAAGUCCCCGCACAGGGCUCAGGGACCUCGCCGACAGUGUAGCCUACAACUUGAGCCAGUGGUAUCGAGAUAGGUGGUGGCACAGCGCCAAUAUUGUGGCGACUGAUUUCUUUUUGAGCACCGCCAUUGUGGACACGAGCAUUUUGGCGAAUAUUUGGCGGUCGUAUUGUCCGGAAAGGUAUAGAUGGCGAGACGCGGAAGAGUCUAGUUAGUGAACCUAUAUAGGUAGUGAGAAUUAGCUGGGGCGAGAAUUCAUCGAGGAACAACGCAAACACCUAUCCUUCAAUGCUCAAGAAACACUAACUCAGCAAAGGCCAAUGUGCCGAUGCCAGGAUAAGAACCUCAGUCAUCAUGACUUCCGCUCUGCGAAGGUAGUGCUUAUACGUCACAUCGGCAUGGAAUCCCCCUGGUAUAUGGUGCCUCAAGUGCAACGGGAACGGACAGACAAAGACGCUUUCCCCCUUCUCUCACACGUUUUUCACUCACUCAUUCAUUCAAGCACGGGACAUCAUGAUAUCUAAUGCAAGCAACGAGAAUCAGCCGAGGUGAACUCCGUCGAUGGACGACACAAACACAGAAGACCUUCAGCGUCCAAGGAGCAAUGGAAUUCACAUAACUCGGGAAAGUUCUGGUGUUGGCAUUUUCCUGACUUAUUUGAAUUUCGGAGUGUAUAGCAUAUAUAUGCAUAUGCUCUUGCGCUUAUAAAAAAACUUAAAAAUAUUUUUCGCCGGGCAUUGAAAUAGGCUGGUCCAGUUACAUGGGCCUGAGCACUACAAUGAUACUAUACGUGUUACUUCAUCGCAAAUUCGAACCUAUACAGUUCACACCUACACGGGACGCUGCCCGCCUUACGAGGCCAACUACAGUAACCGUAGCACCACGAAUGAAGUGAGAUUCUACCAGAUAGAACCGUGUGCGGACGCACUAAUAUUGUUCAAAAUUCAGUCGCCUUUUCAUGUAACAAACGGGUAUUAAAUAUGGACCGCACAAUUUGCUUGGAAUACGCGCUACGACAGUGUGUGUCUCUGUGCA